GCCCCCCCCCGGCACUCCUCCCCCGGCCCAAGGAGGCCAGCCCGCCGGGCGGUGCCGUGCCAGAGCUGCCCGCGCCGCCUCGGGGCCGGGCGGGACCGCAGCGCCGCGCCGGGGCCCCGGGCCAGCCGCCCCAUCCCCAUGCACCCGCCCGGCGCCCUGCUCGCCAUGGCCGAGGGCGCCUUCUCGCUGUCCGCUCAAGCGGCGCGGAGCCCCGGGGGGAACCCGUCGAGGCUCCACAGCAUCGAGGCCAUCCUGGGGUUCACCAAGGAGGACGGGCUGCUGGGCCCCUUCCCGCCCGACGGCAGCGCCGGCAGCGCCAAGGAGGCGGACAGGCGGGGGCCCCGGCACUGCCUCCCCAAGAUGCCCGGAGAGCCGCCGCCGGCCGAGCCCCAGGGCCGCGCCGAGCGCUUCCAAGAGCCGUACUGCCCCGGCAGCGCCAGCCCCGAGCUGCCCGCCGGCAGCAGCGGCGCGGGGAAGCCGUCGGACGAGGAGCAGCCCAAGAAGAAGCACCGGAGGAACCGCACCACCUUCACCACGUACCAGCUCCACGAGCUGGAGCGCGCCUUCGAGAAGUCCCACUACCCGGACGUGUACAGCCGCGAGGAGCUCGCCAUGAAGGUCAACCUCCCCGAGGUGUGGUUUCAGAACAGACGGGCCAAAUGGCGGCGGCAGGAAAAGCUGGAGGUGACCUCCAUGAAGCUGCAGGACUCGCCCAUCCUCUCCUUCAACCGCUCACCACAGGCAACAUCCAUGGGUCCUCUCAGCAGCAACCUGCCCCUGGAGACGUGGCUCAGCCCGCCUGUGCCCAGCGGCACAGCCCUACAGACCCUGCCCGGCUUCGUGGCCUCGCCGCAGAGCCUGCCCGGCAGCUACACGCCACCACCCUUCCUGAACUCUCCAGCAGUGACCCAUGCGCUGCAGCCCCUGGGGGCCAUGGGGCCACCGCCGCCUUACCAGUGCGGGGCCACUUUUGUGGACAAGUUCCCCUUGGACGAGGCAGACCCGCGCAACACCAGCAUUGCCGCCUUGCGGCUGAAGGCCAAGGAGCACAUCCAGUCCAUCGGCAAACCCUGGCAGACAAUCUGACCUCCCCCUUCAGCUCCUGGGAGAAACCCACGGGGAGGGCUGAUCCCAGGACGCCCAAGGGACGCUCUGGCUCCCCCGGACAGCCAGGCAAGGGAGGGCUGUCCCUUGCACCAGCCUUGGCUUGCUUUGUAUUUUGUGGUCCUUUUAAUGCCCUUUUCUACAUGCCUUGCAGAGUUAGGGGCCUGAUCAUAGCUUAGGAAAAAAAAAAAAAAAUUCUCUUUUGAUCUCCCUCCUUGGCUGGACGCUUUAGAUGCAAUAAAAGCUGCAGUAGGGCGAAGAGCUGUGUGAGGUGGCUGAGAACUGAGGCCUGUGUUACCUGGGGAGGGUUUUCUGCUUUUGUACCAUUAAAUGGCACAACCUGCAUUGAGGGCUGUGCAUCGUGUUUCUGCACCUGAAGCGGCUGCUCAGGCCAGACCCUCCAGUGCCUGUGACACGCAGAGUGGUGGGACAGGCCUGGCCGUGGGCCCUCCUCCCGCCCCCUCCAGCAGCAGGACCCUGCCCAAACUGGCUGCGAGCACUGGGGGCUGGGGGCUGCAGCUCCCCGCUCGGUGAGGAGGGGCCAGGGUCCUGGUGGUCUGUGGGCCGGGCACAGCACUCCCACAGCUGCCCUCGUGGGGCAGCCCCGGGUUCCUAUGGGCUUUGCCCACCCCUGCCCCAGCAGCCUGGGGUCAGUGCCAGCCCCUCAGCUCUUGCUGCCUCCUCAGAGAAGGGGGCCAGGAGGUGCUGCAGGGCCCCGUGCCCCCCGAGGAGCCCAGCUGCCCUUGGGGGGAGACGGGCAGUAGCUGACAGGGCUCUGGACACAGUUAGCAGGGCCCGCGGGGUGCAUCCUGCCCGGUGCAGCCCCCCAGAGACUGGCACAGCACUGGGCCGUGCUCGCUCCCCUGCCCACCCGGUGCCCAUCACCAAGCUCCCAAAACUAAAACUGCAGCGUCCUUAUUUUCCAUUAUCUCUGUUACUGCCUGUAAUGGGGCUGAGAAGCUGUAAUGAAACACCCCUUCUCCUCCACUGGGCAUGGGGUGCUCUACACACUCUGGAGGUUGUGGCAAUUAACGUUUCUCAUUAGGGAAGAGAGAAGGACGCACAAGCGCCCUCAUUGUAUCCUGGGGAUGAUUCAAUGCAGACUGGGAGACCUCUCCUUUCACCAUUUCCCACUCGUUGUGGCCAGACAAAGGCUGGCAUCUAAUUAUAUUUUCACAAUCUGUGCGUAUCUUUUAAGAGUCCUGUCAGAAACAAGUAUGUCAGCUUUGUUCAGCUUCACUUCAGAGAGCUUUUUAACCUUAGACGGCAGUUUCUAAACAUCCCUUAACAGCCUUCUCCACAGCAGCCCCCAUCUAUUGUCUGGAGAGCUUUUUUACAGAUAGUAAUAGGAAUCCCUCUAUUUUGAAACGCCUUUUCCUCUCUCUCUGGCCUCCCUGCAGACCCAACCUGCCUCUCUGAACCAGAGCACACGCUGUGCCCAGGCCCCCAGCCUUCCCUUCCUGAGCUGUGCUGGUCCGGGGGGGUGCAGGGAGGCCCAGUGCAUGAGCCCUGGUGAAUUCAGGGGUCUUGUAGCCCUGCUACAACCCUCCCGUGGGGCUCUGGACCUGUCAGUGGCACUGUAUGUGUGUCUGUGACGGUGCUCAGCCUCUCCAGCACACAGCUCUCUGCUUCCUUGGCAAAGAAAGUGCUGUGCUGUCAGGAAAAGAAAGCGCUCUCACUGUUGAGACCGAGGAAAUGUUUUGCUAACUUCUAGUAAGGAGACCUGAGUAAAAUUCUGCGGGGAGGGGAGAACAAAAUCCAUACUGCUUCACUUUUUAGGUCUUAUUCCAGUGGCCCUUUCACCGGUGAGCUUUGAAUCACCAAGGAUGCUGGGCUUGCAAGAUGGCACGUCUCCUCUGGUGGCUACGAGGGAAGGAUGUCUCGGUGUGUUUGGGAAGUGCCUGCGUACCCUGGGCUGUGUCAGCAGCGGACACAACCCUAACAAAUGACUGCACAGGCUCUGCACACUCUUCCUCCUCAGGGGUAGGAACAAUCCCACUUGUCAUUGCUUGGCUGCAGCCCAGCUGCGACUCUGGUGCUGGAAACUCUCCUGCAUGUGAGUACAUUUAACUGUUGCCCAAAAUCUCUUACCUAUGCUCAUGAUGAACAGGCAGAUCUCCAAGAUUUCAGCGGCGUUCUUCCACAUUUUGACACUACUACCUCCAGUUCUGUAUCCUGUAAAGCCACUGGAAAGACCCCUCCUGACUUUGAUCAGCGCUGUAACCAGCACCGACGCUUGGUUACUUGUAGUCGAAGGCUAACUGUAGAUAAAAACACAGUGACAGGACGGCAGAAACAGCAUCUGAAAACCUCUGUUCACUUUUAUUAAGCACCUGAUCGAACACCUGUGAGCAAAAAAUGAAAGAUCAUGUCACGCUGUGGUGAUUGUUCUUUUAUUGACAUAUUAAGCAGGUCUUUUGUUAUACAUUGUACAUGAGAACCCUGUAAUGGAUACACCGUGUGCAGACAUGUCCUUCAAGGAAAGCUCUGAGUUUACUGCUAAAAAUAAGUAUUUUCACCAGCUAAACAUAAGUGGGCAUAGACAGGUAAAUAUUUUUCAAACAAAAAAA